GCGACGUCUCGCGCGCUCGGCGCUCGGCAGCGCUGUGACGUCGCAUGUACACGUCGCGCAGGAUGUGCUUGGUAAAGAUGGCGGACGAGUGUCAGCCUUAACGUCCUGCACAGCUGUAAGAAUAACACGCUGCAUCAUAUUUACCCGAUCCGCGACUUAUCAGUCAAGGGAACGAUCAGAGGGAGUGUCUUCUAUCCUGAGCUCUGGGGGCCUGCGUUAUUAAGCAGAGAUGCAACCCCUUCCUACUACUGUGCCACCUGGAGCAUGUGGUACAUCACCACCACCGCCACCACCUACCUCUGGUGGCUCAAACGUCUUCAGGAGAAAUCGACCACACAAGCAUGGAGCACUGGCGCCAAAUGCAGCAUCAACUCCACCCCCACAGCCACUGACUGACCCUUUUGCCUUUGGGAGGCAGGGCUCUCCAUCUGCAAGAGUAAGCAACCAGACUCCUCCUUUAAACAGCAGUCCCCUUCCUAUGCAAGCCCCUCUCACAGCAGGGUUUAAUCAAAGUGAUCCACCUCAAGGCCCACCAUCAGGAGCACAAGUGCCAAUAACUGGUCCUGUACAAACCUUUUUCACCCCACAACCUGGUCCUUCAGGACUUCCACUGGCAUCUAAUCCACGUUCUGCGGAACCUGGCUACUUCAGCUCCCAGGAACCAAUGCCGUACAUCGCACAGUUGCCUAACUCUGUCCCUCUUUUUAGUUCUAGCACAAUGCAUGCUCCCCCUGCAGCCUCAACGCCACCAUACCAAAGUAUGCCACUGUUUCAGCCCACAGCACCUGCUCCAUCCCUUUCUGGGCCUGACCAUGGCAGUCGUCCUCCAUCUGUUCAGAACUACUUUCAGCCAACCAGUGAUACCCCACAGCCUUUUCAUGCGUACUCACAGACACAGGCUCCUCCACCUGCCCCGUUGUCCCAUCAAGGUCCAUUUCAGUCACAAUCUCAGAAUCAUAGUCAGUCAACCUUACUGAAUAUGGGUGAGCCUGUAAUGUCCCAGCAACAAAACUCUCACUUUCCAGCCCAGACCUAUUUAAGCCAGACAGGUGGUUCCUCAGAGCCAUGGUUUAAUCAGGUUCCACAGGACCCCUUGCAGCGUUCCUGCCCAGUUCCAUAUAGUGUUCCAUCUGCUGACCCUGGAACGAUGUCCAUGUUCUUUCAUGGCAAUGAUGUAGAAAAUGAAGAGACUCUUUCUGGAGAGGGCCAUGUAAAUGGGGUCUCCCACCCUCCCCAAGGCAGGGAAGUUACUGAAACCCUUAAUCCCCGUUUGAAUGAAACUGGGAAUGUCAAAGUGACUGCAGGUCCAUGUGACUCAGUUGAGAAUCUGGAAUGUGUUCCAAAUCAGGAAGUUUUGCCCAACGAACUACCGCCAAGCCAUGUUUAUGAGGCAGGGCCUAACUUGGAAACACCUGACUCUGCCUCUCGUCCAGCACGAUCUGCAAGCGUCUCAUCCAGCUAUAGCAAUAUCAGUCACAGUAGUGGUCAUGCCCCUCACAGUAGCAGCAGUCACCCUCCUCGACGACAUCAGGGAGUUGUUGGGACAUUUAUCCAACAGGAAAGCCCCCGGCCCCCUGAUAUACCAGCAUCCCAACCUUCUGCUGGCGGUUACUUUGAACAGAUAGAUUCUGCUCCUGCUCCAGAGCCAAGUCCUACUUUCCCCACACCCAGCCCUCCAAAGCCAGUUGGGGUGUUCCAGGCCAGUGCGAACUCUUCCUUUCAGCCUGUGCGGUCACACAGUGUAGGGGUUAGACCUGCUGAAGUUGACCGUGCUAGAAUGGUAGUGGAAAAAGUUGGGGGUGAUGUCUUACCUGGCAACUUGGAACAGCCUCCAGACAAUAUGGAGACCAUCUACUUUCCUGGAGGACAGGAUCGCAGGCCUUUGUCUCGAGCUCAGGGGCCGCAACGACCCUGUGAUAGUCCAACCACAACACUCUGGGCUCAGAAUGAUGCAGCUAGUCUUGGUGCUAAUAUACUUUUGGCACCUGCAGCACCUCUUCUUGCUACUACAAUAGCUACAUCAAGUAAGUCCAGUACUGAGAUUAUCCAGCCACCAGAAGACGGGCCCCUGGAUCUGCAGCCUCCUAGGGUACAUCCACAGCCUCACUCGGAGAACCUAGAGAUCCCACUUGAUUCAGCUUCCCAGUCAAAUUUGGGCUAUGCUUCUUUGCUAGUGUCCACACCUCCCACAGAGACUUUAAACCAGCCUGUUUUGAUUGCCACACCCUCUUCUAACUAUACAGUGAUCUCUCCUCCAAUGCCUGUUCAAGCAAUCAAUCAGAUAAGUCCCAAGGAAACAAAUGUGCCUUCUCAGCCACUAUCUCAAGCUCAAGUGGCAAAUCAAUUGCCAAUCUCAGCCAAUCAUCCGCCUCCUCUUUUAUCUCAAACCCCAACCUGUUUUCCCCCACCUUUAAGCCAGAGUCCGUUAAAUCUGGCUCAAGAUGCUCCGCUUGCUUUCCAACCAGCCCACCCUACUGCUUUGAAGGCCCAAUCACCGAGAAGUGACUGCCAAUCGCUUCCACCUUCUAAUUUACCACUUCCUUCAUCUGCUUCUGCCAUCAAUCAGAAUCAUCAUUCAAAUUAUGAACUGCUUGAUUUUUCCAUGCACCAAUCACAGAGCACAAGUCAGGCCCCUUCUCAUGCAGCUUCUACUCCUGCACCAGUAAAUAAUGCAGCUGGCUUCUACUUGCAGGUCACCAAAGAUGCGCAGCAAGGGGCACGAGUGGAUAGUGAGCCUCCACUUCAGCCACCAACCUUGAAUCCCCCUAGAGCACCCAGUAAUCAGUCUAACAAUGGCCCCUCUGGUCCCUCUAAUCCACCAUAUCCAGCUCCUCAAUAUCAACAUCCCCCACAGCCUAUCCCUGUUUCUCAAACCACCCAAUCCUCUGCAUAUCCUCCUCAAUCUGGUAAUUCUACUGGCACACAUGACCCCCAGCGUCCCCCAUCUGUACAUGGAUAUGGUGCCCAACCUCCUAUGCCUUCUGGCCCUGGAUUUGGCAGCUAUUAUACAGAGUACCAGAACGGAAGGAAUCCCUUCCCACCUUCUUACCCACAUGUGGACCCAAGGACUCAGAACUACUACCAGGAAGACCCUUACCGAAGGGGAGAUCCACAGUAUGGCCGGUACAAUGGACCAAACCCUGGUUACCGGGAGGCAGACCGACAGCCAGAGAGGCCAAGUUCUAGGACCAGUCAGUACUCUGACCGACCCAACUCCAGGCAGGAGUAUGCUGAGGAUUAUCCUAGAUCUAACCGCAGUGCCUAUGAAGACUAUGUAAAUUACUGGAAGUACAUGGAUCAAAACAAGCGGUAUGACCCCAAUGUUCUAUAUGACCCCCGUUAUCGAAGCUACUACGAACAGGCCUAUGCCUGGUAUAAUUAUGACCCUGAGGCUUACAGGAGACUUGACCCGUAUUUUGGCCAUCAGUAUUUCAGCAGUUAUGACCAUCACCCCAGACGUGAAGGCUUUGACGACCCAUGGCGUUACUUUCCUGGCUACGAUUCGAGUUUUGAAGAUGACGUCCGCCGUAGGGUCCCAUACGGAGAUGAUUUGGACCAGCGCUCUGUUCACAGUGUGAAAUCGACGCACAGCCGUCGGAGCAGCUUCAGCUCCCGCUCACAGAGUCAGGUGUACAGGAGUCAGCCUGAUCUUGUUGCUGCAAGUUAUGAACCGACCGCGACCACACUGCCUGGAGAUUAUUCCUAUGGUCAGUUCGCCGAGCAGUCAGACACCAUAAAUUACAGCCAGUAUGAUCCCACGAACACCACCUGGGCUGCUCCUGAACAGGCUCCUCCAAGGCCGUUGACUCCGGAGAAGUUCUCAGUCCCUCACUGCUGUGCUCGGUUUGGGCCAGCAGGUCAGCUGAUCCAUGUUCAGCCCAACCUGCCGUCAGCUGGCCAGCCUGCCCUUGUCGAGAUUCAUAGCAUGGAGACAAUGAUGCAGGAUUUUGCAGAGCAGGUCGAGUUACGCACCUUCCCGGGGCCACUUGUUAAGGAGGAAACCCAUAAGGUGGAUGUUAUAAAGUUUGCCCAGAACAAAGCUCAGGAGUGCAUGCGCAAUGAUAACCUCAUUGACAAGGACUCUGCAUUCCUCAUUUGGGAGUUCAUUGUGCUGCUGUGUCGUCAGAAUGGGACGGUCGUUGGCACAGACAUUGCCGAUCUCUUGCUGAAGGAACAUCGUUCCGUGUGGCUGCCAGGAAAAUCGCCCAAUGAGGCGAAUCUGAUUGACUUUACCAAUGAGGCACUGGAACGUCCAGAGGAGAAGGGGUCUGGGCCGAUCUCGCUCCUAUCAGACACCUUCAUGGGCGUGGCUGAGAACGUGGGCAAGGAGACGGAACGAUUCCGAGAGCUGCUGCUCUUUGGGCGGAAAAAGGAUGCGCUCGAGUCCGCUAUGAAGAACGGGCUUUGGGGACACGCCCUCCUCCUAGCCAGUAAGAUGGACAACAGGACACAUGCAAGAGUCAUGACGAGGUUUGCCAACAGUCUCCCCAUUAACGAUCCACUGCAGACAGUCUACCAGCUCAUGUCAGGAAGGAUGCCAGCUUCCGCUACAUGCUGUGGAGAUGAGAAGUGGGGCGACUGGCGCCCUCACCUGGCCAUGGUUCUUUCCAACCUCACUCAUGCUCUCGACUUGGACACGCGCACCAUCUCGACCAUGGGAGACACGCUGGCUUCUAAAGGUCUGCUUGAUGCUGCUCAUUUCUGUUACUUGAUGGCUCAGGUGGGUUUUGGCGUCUUUACCAAGAAGAGCACCAAGAUGGUCCUCAUUGGCUCCAACCACAGUCUUCCAUUUGUGAGAUUCUGUGCUACAGAAGCGAUCCAGAGGACCGAAGCGUACGAGUAUGCACAGUCACUUGGUUCCCAGCCUCUUUCACUGCCCAACUUCCAGGUGUUUAAGUUCAUCUAUGCGUGCCGUCUGGCGGAGACGGGGCUUUGCGCCCAAGCAUUUCACUACUGCGAGGUCAUUUCGCGUGCAAUUCUGUCCAUGCCCAGCUACCAUUCUCCUGUUUUCAUCAGUCAGCUUAUACAGAUGUCUGAGCGAUUGAGGUUUUUUGACCCCCAGUUGAAGGAAAAGCCAGAGCAAGAACUCUUUCAGGAGCCUGACUGGCUGUUACACUUAAGGAAACUCCAGAGCCAGAUCAAGGAGGGUGUGAUAAUGUGUACAGAUCACAGUACUCAGCCAUCUGGUUGCACUACACCAAGCUCGGAGGAUGAAGCUGAAGCUCCAUCUUUUCCAAACUCUGACCCUCACAACCCUCUCAUGACCACCCUAAUGUCCCAGUCUGGCCCAUCCAUGCCUGGGGUGCAGCUUGUGCCACCAGCUCCAACGACUAUUUUGCAAGAUGGUUCUCUGCACCACGAGUCUUUGCCGAAUGAGGGUAUCCCAUUUAACCCAGCAGCCCCUCUUCCACCCCAACCUGGCUUUAUCCCUCAAUUCCCAGCUGAGGGCCAGGGGUCAUACCCAUCCAUUGCACCCCAGAGUCCCAAGCACUUGCCCCCUAGCAUGCCUCCUCAUAUGCCCAUGUACACACCAAUGGAGAUGCCCCCUCAGAUGCCCCCUCAGAUGCCGCCUCAGAUGCCCCAUCAGAUGCCGCCUCAGAUGCCCCCUCAGAUGCCCCCUCAGAUGCCCCAUCAGAUGCCGCCUCAGAUGCCCCCUCAGAUGCCUGGCAUAGACACUACACCUACUCCACCAUCUCCGCAGCAUGGACAUCUACCGUCUCCACUUUCCCAUGGUGGUCAGCCUCCUGACUUCUAUGACAGCAUGGCAGGGAUGAGCUUAGGAAGGAGAUCCAGAACCACAUCUCAGUCUUCACUGCCCCGGACGUCUGGACGUCGCUCUCGCACUACGUCAGAGUCGUCCACUCGUUCGACGGGACGAGAACGCAGCAACUCUAUAGCCAAUCAGAGCUCUCCUCCUCCUCCACCGAUACCAGAGGCUCCUGUCCAGGAAGCACCUACGAAAACCAGGAAGGACUCGCCCAAAAAGGGAGGAGGAGGAGGAGGAGGAGGCGGCGGCUUCUUAGGCUGGUUGACCCGAAAGGUCAGGACUGAAGCUCAUCUGCCAGAUGACAAGAACAAAUCUAUUGUUUGGGAUGAAAACAAGCAAAGAUGGGUGAAUCUCGAUGAACCAGAGGAGGAGAGCAAGCCACCACCCCCUCCUCCCUCCACAUUUCCAAAAGCUCCAAUGGGUAACAUGGGGCUCGGGCCUGGCAUGGGCGCACCCCCUGCAGGGCCACCUGUUAAUAUGUUCUCCAGGAAAGCAGGCACUAAGGCUCGGUAUGUGGACGUGUUGAAUCCUGGCCGGCGUAAUUCCAACCCUACACCUGCUGUUGCUCCGCCCGCUGAUCUCUUUGCUCCACUUGCACCCAUGGCUAUGCCAACGAACCUCUUCGUUCCCACUGCAGCACCAGAUGACCAGCAGCCAAUGGAGGGAAGUGUUCCAGACAGCAAUGGAAACACAGAACACAUUCAGCCAAACGCAACAGUUCCACAGAUGUUCAACCCAACUCUCUUGCCCUCGGGUCGAGAAGGUGCUCAGUCAGGAGAGCUCUCACGUUCUAGUUCAAUGAGUUCUUUAUCACGAGAAGUGAGUCGGCAUUUAAACCAGGUCCCUACAGAAUUACCUGUCCAGGGAGCUCCACCCCCCGGGGGCGUGACUUUCUAUAACCCCUCCCAGUUUGCACAGUCUGUGCCUCCAGCUCGUUCCCGUCCAGGCCGGUUGGGACAGCGCGAGUACCCGACACUGAAAUAAGCCGACAGAGCUGUGGUUGCAAAUCAGUGUGUUUUUACAUCUCAUCAGACUGAAUGAAUCAGAAGUGGACAAGUACAGGCAUCUGGCCUCCCAGUCUUCAUCUUCAUCAUCGUCUUAUUUUACCUUGCAUAGUGUACACCAUAAAGAAAGCUGUGGAUUCCUUCAUCUGUGUCUUUUCACUUUUCUUCCAUCUUCCUUUUUUUCCGCCCUGUAUUUAGACUGGAUUGCUCCUACGCCAGUAGGUGUGAACAUAAAGUGCAAUAAUUGUGUUUAGCUUUCAGUUAGACCUUUCUAAUUAACUGCAUUUCAGCAUAUGUUUGUGCAAGUGUGUGUGCAUGUGUGUGUGUGUGUGCGCGAAAACUAGAGUGGGGAGUGCCGUUUGGAUGCAGACAGUGCUGGGUGUGUUCAUCCUGCCUGUUUUCAUCAGUGAGGGUCGUUAGGAGAUUUUAGAUAUUUAUUAAGGCUUUCUAUCGGAACGAGACACUAGAUCAUAACUUUUUUUUUUUUAAUCACCACAAAUCCCAAAUCUGUAUAUCCGAAUGAAUAUUUAUGAGCUGUAGUUUGUCCCUGCUUUUCUGAUGCAACUGUAGACUUUUCUAGGUUUCUAAUAGAUUUGUCAUUUAUAUUAAUUUCUCCAGAUUUCACUGCUUAGAUUUAUUUUUUGAUUUAUGAUUUUUCCCCCCCUUAAUUCUUUCUCAUAAACCUAAUCUUCACUAGUCUCGUUCCGGUGCCCACUGCGAGGGAGUUUUUUUUUUUUUUUUUUUUUUUGUAAUUCCAAAGGUUUUACGACCCCUUUGAAGGAAGCCUGGACUUUUCCAUUGUUUCAAAUUCACUGUAAAAUUACUCAAAAGGAAAAAAGUUAUAAAAAUAAACAUAUUUUUGAGCUCUUUA